GGGUUAAAAAAACCACUCUUCUAAACCUAACCCGCAAGCGAUAUUCCAUGUGUGACUCUACUGACGUCUAUGAUUUAAACGCAGUCUUUCUUCUUUCGUGGCUCGACCGGGCUUCCGCCAUUCUGCGUUUUGUCAUUCAGUUUAGGUUGACCAUUCAUUAAAGAAAGCCCUGCACAACAAACCAAUCCUAGCAAGAGGAGGGCGGGUGAAAGCUCGGAUUGUACUGGUGCUUCGGCUUGACCCGUAAAGGCGAAGCAUGGACGUGAGUCAAGGGUUGGAGAAUUUCCCUGUGACGGUAUGGCCGCCGCUGGAGCAACCCCCGGCAUUUCAGUAUAGUCCAGAUCAUGUGACUGGAGAGGGAGGAGGACCAGACCCAACUGAAAUCUCCUUUAAUGGAUGCAGCUGUCAUUCCUCUUCCUGUCUUGCCUCCAUGUGUUCCUGCCUUCGUUAUGGAGAAAAUUAUAACAAUUCAUGCAUUAAUUGCGAAGGAAAUGAAUUUGAUUUUUCAAAGCCUAUUUUUGAAUGCAACACUAUGUGCCAGUGUGGAGAGUUAUGCCAAAAUAGGGUGAUUCAGAGGGGCUUGCAAUUCAGGCUUGAAGUCUUCAAGACAGCCAAGAAAGGAUGGGGUGUUCGCACGCUGGAGUUUAUAUCCAAAGGAAGAUUUGUUUGCGAAUAUGCUGGGGAAGUCCUCAACUUCAGAGAAGCAUGUAGGAGGAUACAGUUGCAGACACUGAGCGAUUCAAAUUAUAUUAUAGCAAUAAAAGAACACUUGUGUAAUGGGCAGAUAAUGGAGACAUUUGUGGAUCCCACUUAUGUAGGUAAUGUUGGUAGGUUCCUGAACCAUUCCUGUGACCCAAACCUGUUUAUGGUUCCUGUCCGGAUAGACUCAAUGGUACCUAAACUGGCACUUUUUGCUAGCCGUGAUAUUUGUGCCAAUGAAGAAUUGUUGUAUGAUUAUUCGGGAAGAUAUCAUAAUUACAUGCCUGAGAAAGAUCAAGAAAAGCUGCAACAAGUGGAAAAAUCUAAGAAACCCUGUUAUUGUGGGGCCAAAAUGUGUAUAGGUUUUUUGCCUUAUGAUAGUUGUUUAUUCUACAAAGAUGACCUAAGAAGCUGUACUGCAGAACCACUGUGAGAAUAGAAGCAGUUGUGUGUAUUUAAUAUUACAUCCCAAAAAAUAUGUAUGCCCUACUCUACCAGGGGGGAUCAGCGUGUGAAAUCAGACUUCUAUAACGGUAGAUGCUAGAGAUGUGCUUCCCUACCUGACAUUGCAAUGCUGGCUGGCUGCAUACACCACCAGUGGCUGCAUACACACAGACUACAAAAAAUUGUUAAGUCUGACCAAUUGCUUUCAGACAGAGCAGGAUGAGGGCCUCUGCUUGAAAAAAUCCUUAUGGAUUAACCAUGAUGGCUAUGUUGUACCUCUGCAUGCUGGAGGCACCAUGCUUCUGAAUACAGUUGCUGGAAACCACAAGAGUGCUGUUGCUUUCAGGUUCAGAUUGUGGAUUUCCCACACGCAUCUGGUUAGCCUUUGCAAGAAGAGGAAGUUGUAUUCAAUGUAAUGCUAAGUAGAUUGUUCCUUGCUAGAUUGUUCCAUCAGCGCAAGGAUUUUUCCUUGCACAAAGGAACAAUUUCCCACUCUCCUCCCCCCGCACAGCCCCAGAACCAAAACAUGGCCACCUAGAAGUGGGACACAUUGAUUUCAUUGAAAUGCCUUUCAUGUAUGUGUGAUUAGUGGUGUAUGUGUAUAACCAGUAGUUUCUGGCCUUUGAUUGUACAGCAGUAAAUUAUUCACAUUCUAGUGAUAAAGAUAUUGCAGGGAUGGAGAACCUUUGACAAUGCUGGAUGGGGCUGAUGGGAGUUGGAGUCCAACAAUAUCUGAAUGAACGUAGGUUCCCCACUCCUGCGAUAAAAGGUUAGCAGAGAUAGGUUAGCAAGUGAAUGACAUUAUGACUAGAUUUCUCAUUGGAAAUAAAAUCUACUGACAGAAGAAGAAUAACAUAUGAAACAGUGUGUGUGUGUGUAUAUAUAUUAUCAACAACAAUAGCAUAAGCUGCUAUUUUACAUGUCCUUCUAAUGUGUCCGGAGCCCUCACCGGGGCCUUGCUGCUAGAGGUCACUUGAUAAGCCCAGAUAACUAACAGCUCAGCCUGUCCACUGAGUUUGUACUUACCAUAAAUAUAUCUAAGGUAAACUGCUUCCACCACCUCCUUUGAAAAAGACAUGUCUGUGGCUUCAGAUUUAUUAUCCAUCCAGAACACAUCAAGUAUACGAGCCAGCUAUUUUAUUUAGGGAAUGUAAACAACCGUGAACAUGCAGCCAUUCAAUAAAGAAUAGGAAAUAAUUCUACCUAAUAAACUGGCACAGUAUAUGACUCCCUUUCUCACCAGCUGUCUUACCCAUCAGCCCUCCCCCUGAUCCUUUUUAACUGACUCCAACUAUC